AUGGGCGGCGCACCAGCAAGCAACGAGUUAGCAAUUGCAUGCCCUAAACAAAAUUUGGCAUAUAUUAGAAGUACAAUUGAACAAGAACGAUUAUCAUCUUUAGCAUUAAUAAAUAUAGAAAAAGAUUAUCAAAUCGAUAUUGAUACCAUUGUAACCCAUUUUAUGAUUUCAUGGUUGAAAAAAGUAGAUUUAAGUGAUAAUCCGGUUAGACGAUGGCUGAAACAAGGUACAAAUUCAUCAACAUUCGUUUCUACGUUAUUUAAAACUGGUGAUCGAUGUUGUGAAAAUAAAGGAUGGCAGUCUAUUGAAUGUCAUAUGAAUAAUAAAAAAUAUCGUGAUAGUAUAAAACUAUUCAAAGAAAAUACCACAUUUACUGCUCGAACUGAAUCAACUCUUUCAAUGAUAACAGUUGCUGCUCUCUAG